AUGCCACAGGGGGCCUUCAGACUCCACUUCGGUUUCCUGGCCGGCCCUAUUCCAAGGGAGAGACUGAGUGGGACCCAGGCUCCCGAUAUCCAUCUGGGUGAGUCAGCCAGAGGGACCGGCUGUGCUAGAGGCAGGCAAACAAGUACUAGAGCGCACUGUGGGCGGGGAGAGGGAGCUCGAGCCUCCAGCGAAGAGCUGGAGAUAGCCCAGGAGCACCCUGGAGAGAGCUGGGCCCUUUCUCAGGCCCACGCUGCCCCCCAACCCCCUAGGCCGCCCCCGCAAGUCCAGCCCUGCCGGACCUGCCGCUCCCCUCCUCCAGGCCGGCUGCUGCUGUGGCCAGUUUUGCCGGGGCAUCCCUCCAUCCCUUUCAUCAUGGCAGUGUACCGCCUGUGUGUGACCACUGGUCCCUACCUGAUGGCCGGCACACUGGACAACAUCUCUGUCACGCUGGUGGGCACGUGUGGUGAGAGCCCCAAGCAGCGGCUGGAUCGAAUUGGCAGGGACUUCACCGCUGGAUCGGUACAGAAGUACAAGGUGCGCUGCUCAGCAGAGUUGGGCGAGCUCUUGCUGCUGCGCGUACACAAGGAGCGCUACGCUUUCUUCCGCAAGGACUCCUGGUACUGCAGCCGCAUCUGUGUCACUGCCCCGGAUGGUACCAUUUCCCACUUCCCCUGCUAUCAGUGGAUUGAAGGCCACUGCACAAUGGAGCUGAGGCCGGGAACAGCAAGAACCAUUUGUCAGGAUUCCCUUCCCCUCCUCCUGGAUCACAGGAAUCGCGAGCUCCGGGCCCGACAAGAAUGCUACCGCUGGAAGAUCUAUGCUCCUGGCUUCCCCCGCAUGGUGGAUGUCAGCAGCUUUGAGGAGAUGGAGUCAGACAAGAAGUUUGCCUUGACCAAGAUGCCACCUCGUGCAGACCAGGGCGACAACAGUGGGAAUCGGUACCUGCCUGGCUUUCCCAUGAAGAUUGACAUCCCUUCCCUGCUGCACAUGGAGCCCAAUAUUCGAUACUCAGUCACCAAGACGACUUCACUGCUCCUCAAUGCCAUCCCUGCGUCCUUGGGCAUGAAGCUUCGAGGGCUGCUAGACCGCAAGGGCUCCUGGAAGAAGCUGAAUGAUAUUCGGAACAUCUUCUGGUGCCACAAGACCUUCACUAUAGAGUAUGUCACAGAGCACUGGUGUGAGGACCACUUCUUUGGGUACCAGUACCUGAAUGGCGUCAAUCCCGUCAUGCUCCAUUGCCUCUCCAGCUUGCCCAGCAAACUGCCUGUCACCAAUGACAUGGUGGCCCCCUUGCUGGGACCAGGCACCUGCCUGCAGACAGAGCUAGAGAGGGGGAACAUCUUCCUAGCAGACUACUGGGUCCUGGCGGAGGCCCCCACGCAUUGCCUAAACGGUCGCCCCCAGUACGUGACCGCCCCGCUCUGCCUGUUGUGGCUCAACCCCCAGGGGGCGCUGGUGCCCUUGGCCAUCCAGCUCAGCCAGACCCCCGGGCCCAACAGCCCCAUCUUUCUGCCCACUGACUCCGAAUGGGACUGGCUGCUGGCCAAGACGUGGGUGCGCAACUCUGAGUUCCUGGUGCACGAGAACAACACGCACUUUUUGUGCACGCACUUGCUGUGCGAGGCUUUCGCCAUGGCCACGUUGCGUCAGCUGCCGCUCUGCCAUCCUAUCUACAAGCUCCUGCUUCCGCACACUCGCUACACGCUGCAGGUGAACACCAUCGCAAGGGCCACGCUGCUCAACCCUGAGGGCCUCGUGGACAAGGUCACGUCCAUUGGGAGGCAAGGCCUCCUCUACCUGAUGAGCACGGGUCUGGCCCACUUCACCUACACCAAUUUCUGCCUUCCGGACAGCCUGCGGGCCCGCGGUGUCCUGGGCAUCCCCAACUACCACUACCGAGACGACGGCCUGAAGAUCUGGGCAGCCAUUGAGAGCUUUGUCUCGGAAAUCGUGGGCUACUAUUAUCCCAGCGAGGCCUCCGUGCAGCAGGACUCGGAGCUGCAGGCCUGGGUCGGCGAGAUUUUUGCACAGGCGUUUCUGGGCCGGGAGAGCUCAGGCUUCCCAAGCAGGCUGUGCACCCCAGGAGAGCUGGUGAAGUUCCUCACUGCAAUCAUCUUCAACUGCUCCGCCCAGCACGCCGCUGUCAACAGUGGGCAGCAUGACUUUGGGGCCUGGAUGCCCAAUGCUCCGUCUUCCAUGAGGCAGCCUCCACCCCAGACUAAGGGGACCACCACUCUGAAGAGUUACCUAGACACCCUCCCAGAAGUGAACAUCACCUGUAACAACCUUCUCCUCUUCUGGCUGGUCAGCCAAGAGCCCAAGGACCAGAGGCCCCUGGGCACCUACCCAGAUGAGCACUUCACAGAGGAGGCCCCGCGGCGGAGCAUCGCCGCCUUCCAGAGCCGCCUGGCCCAGAUCUCAAGGGACAUCCGGGAGCGGAACCAGAGCCUGGUGCUGCCCUACAUCUACCUGGACCCUCCCCUCAUCGAGAACAGCGUCUCCAUUUAAGCCCCUCCUCAUACGACCCCAAAAGAAAGGAAGGUCCAAGCACGAGGAGGACAGCUUCUCAGGGUCCUCCAGACCCUCCCAUCCUUCGUUCUCAGCCAGCCUGAACUUUCUUUUCCCACAUGUGGGGAACCAUUCCAGCCAAGACGGCUCCAGCAUCAUACGAACUGGGCCAGAGCUGGGAGGGACGAGUACAGCCGUGUCCAGGGUGAGAGGCCGCUGUCUAAAGUCAAGUGCACAAUCGGCCCUCCAAAAGGAAGGAACCCUUCGUCCUUUGCCCUACUCUGGGCAGCCUCCUGUUCCAGCCUCUUGUGGGAUCCGUCUCCUACCAUUCGGAUGCCAGCGCGGGUUUCUGAGCUCGCCUUCCCAGCCCUCCCCAUCUCCAAACUCUCUCUCCCACCAUGCCUUUUGCUUUCCCUUUCCUCAGGCCUAAGACCAACCAACCCAGCUUUCUUCUCUGGAAGAGUCUGGAAACUGGGCACGCAGGGUGUGUGCCUGGAUCUGACACGUGGUCCCCUUUGUUCUCAGCAGCCCAGCUUACCUGGACCUCUAACUGCAGUUCUCGGAGACAGGCUUCCUGGCCUGUGCACGUAUGUGGGGAUCCCUCUCCAGCGCUCUGAUCCCACCUCUCUACCCGACUCUGAUCCCAUUUUUUCUUUUUGUCCUUGAGUCCAGUGAGUUCAAUAAAAACCAACAUAUUUG